GUGCUCAAUCAAUUCUAUCCCCAGCUGCUACUGCUCCUCUUCUCAUCGCCACGCUACCUCUCAAUGGAGGCCUUCCUCGCCGGCUUCCGGGCGCCGCGGCCGCGGGUCCCGGCCGUCUCCGCCGCCGCCCGGAGCCUCCCUCCCAACACCUCCUUCUUCUCCGGCGGAAGGCGGCGCAGGAGGCUUCUUUCCUCAUCGGUGGUCUGCAUGGCGGAGCCCUAUCUCAUAGCAAAGUUGGAUUCUGCAGAGAAGGCUUGGAAGGAAAUGUCGGUUAGAUUGGCUGAUCCUGAUAUAGUUUCGGAUCCCAGCGAGUACCAAAAACUUGCACAAUCAGUUGCUGAACUAGAUCAGGUUGUGAGUACGUACAGGCAGUUUAAGGACUGUGAGAAGCAAAUUGAAGAAACAAAAGUUUUGCAAAAAGAGAAUGAAGAUGACCCAGAUAUGGCAGAGAUGAUUGAUUCAGAGAUGGAGUCUCUAUCUAACCAGCUUGAAGAGCUUGAGGAAAAACUGAAGUUACUACUGCUUCCCAAUGAUCCUCUUGAUGCACGCAACAUCUUACUUGAAGUAAGAGCAGGUGCUGGUGGUGAUGAAGCUGGAAUUUGGGCUGGUGACCUUGUGCGUAUGUAUCAAAAAUACUGUGAGCGCAACUCCUGGAAGUUCAAACCAGUUUCCAGCUCAGAAGCAGAAAAGGGUGGGUUCAAGACAUAUGUGAUGGAGGUGAAGGGCAAACAAGUCUACAGUAAACUGAAGUUUGAGUCAGGUGUACACCGUGUUCAGCGCGUUCCUCAGACAGAGACUAUGGGCCGUGUUCACACAUCAACAGCAACUGUAGCUAUUAUGCCAGAGGCUGAUGAAGUUGAUGUGGUUAUCGAUCCGAAAGAUAUUGAACUCAAAACUGCAAGAUCUGGUGGAGCUGGAGGGCAGAAUGUUAACAAGGUGGAAACUGCUGUUGAUCUUAUUCACAAACCUACGGGAAUUCGGAUAUUCUGUACAGAAGAAAGGUCACAACUCCAAAAUAGAGAACGCGCAUUCCAAUUGUUGAGAGCAAAGCUUUACGAGAUAAAAUUACGGGAGCAGCAGGAAUCUAUAAGAAACCAGAGGAAACUGCAGGUUGGAACUGGUGCUCGUUCUGAGAAGAUAAGGACGUACAAUUAUAAGGACAACAGAGUGACAGAUCACCGGUUGAAGAUGAACUUUGAACUCACUGGUUUCCUCAUGGGAGAUAUCGAGUCGGCUGUGCAGUCCUGUUCUUCAAUGGAGCAGAAGGAACUCCUGGAGGAGAUGGCCACAUCUGUGGGCGCAGCGAAGGUAUGAUCAGCGCGAUCGAUCUGUCUGCAGUCCUCCUUCCACCUGAGUACCAGACCAUCAGAUAGAAAUCAUCCAAUGGACAUUGUGUUGAAACGGGUGGUGAUCAAUGGACAAAUGUACAUGAAGAAAUCCGAAGAUACAUAUACAUAUGCUUCCGUUGCUCAUGAGCAUGACUAAUGUCAGAAAACACACUGAUGCAUUUUCAGUUCCUCUUACAGUUACAAAUUUUGAGUAGUUGGAUAUAUGCAAUGUGUACAUCUCAACAGUUGCAUAGCUACAAUAUGCAUUAUGCACAAUUCAACCUGUUAAUAGAUGGGAAUGAAUUAUGGUGAUUUGUCAAUGUGUUCAA